AUGCAACUGGGAAGUGGAAUACGUUUGACUGAAGAAGAAACGCAGGCAAACGAAAUUCUAAUGCACUGGAAACACAAGGAAGUUGACGAGUCAUUUCGCAAUCCACAAUAUUUCAAUUUCUCGAAAAACUAUUUCACGUUUAGAAAUGAAAUUGAGAAAUCUAAAGUUUAUCGUAUUAUAAAACGAAUGCCUAAAGGCGCAGUACUACAUCUACAUAGCUCGUUGAUGCUUAGUGCAGAACGCAUUUUGGAUCUGACAUACGAGGACCACUUGUACGCUUGUUACACCGACGGAGAUUUAAAAUUACAAUUCUCGGACGUCACUCCCCAACGGCCUUGUUCCGUCAACUGGACACUACUUAGUGAGCUCAGAAAUACAUCCAGUAAUACAACAGAAUUUGACUCUACAUUAAAAAACCAUUUCACCCUCCAUUCUGAACACGGAUGCGAUAAAUCAAAUGAUAUUAACUCGAUUUGGACAAAGUUUGAAAAGGUCACAAGAACCAUCGCAGAACUAAUUGCAUAUAGACCAGUGAGAGAGAAGUUCUUCUAUGAAGCGUUAGAUGAAUUUUACAAUGAUAAUAUAUUGUACAUAGAAAUUAGAAGCGGCUUGCAGAGUUUAUACGAGUUAAAUGGUACAGUUCACGAGAAAUUGUUCAUGCCAAAGUUAUAUCGGCAAGUGGCAAAGAGUUUUAAGGAGACACAUCCAGAUUUUGUUGGUGUUAAGUUAAUUGUGACGAGGCAUCGGGUGCAAACGGAUGAGGAAGUGCGAAAGACUAUUAAUAUGGCGCGUCAGAUCAAGCGCGAAAUGCCUGAUUUUUUCGCUGGUUUCGACUUAAUAGGGCAAGAGGACUUGGGAAGACCUUUAGCUGACAUGUUUCCAGUGUUAGCUGAGGCGAAAAGUGACUUACAAUACUACUUCCACGGAGGAGAGAGUAACUGGUACGGGAUGGCUACCGACGAGAACCUUUUCGAUGCUGUUCUCUUAGGAUCGAAGCGGAUCGGUCAUGCGUAUGCGCUCGUCAAACAUCCCUCUUUAAUGUUCCUGGUAAAGCAGAGGGAUAUUGCGUUAGAAGUGAAUGUGGUAUCAAAUAUCGUGCUAGCUUUGGUACAUGAUGUGAGGAACCAUCCGUUGGCUACAUACCUAGCUCUUGGUUUGCCAGUUGUGUUGUCAAGUGAUGACCCAGGCGCUUGGGGUGCGGACCCAUUGUCUCACGACUUUUACGUUGCCUUUGUUGGUAUUGCGAGCAAACGUGCCGACCUUCGUUUACUUAAGCAGCUAGCAAUUAAUUCUAUAAGAUAUAGCGCGUUGGACGACAGCGGAAAAACAACACUGUUCAGAAAUUUCCGUCACAAAUGGGACAUUUUUAUUAAAUACGUAAUAGCUACGGGUAUACAUUUAUAA